AUGCGAAUCUGUCGGGCUGAACUGGAUUGCUUUACGGUGCUGCACCCAUCGACCCCGCCAGGCUCGCGCAGGCAGGGCGGUGUUCAGGCCCGAUCACAGAGCCAGCACUACGGUCAGGCCGAAGCCCCGAAUGCGUUGACGGUGCUCGAUACACGUGAGCACACGGGACCGAUCCGCUUGAUUCUGGGGAGUUGUGGGCGCGCGAUGCCAGGUAUGUCGAAGUGGUGUUGUUCGACGAGCAGGAAACGAGACCGCGACAGGCGUACCCGGCGAGCUUUUGUGUGCGAGGUCCGCUCG